AUGCUCACUCUUCGUACUCUUCUGUCGCUACCGACAUUUUUUUCGAUCGCUUUAGUCGCCCAUGCAAUUGCUGUUCCGGACGACAACGGAGUAAUCGCCGAAGGAAAGGGCAAAGAAAAGCCUGAACUUGCCGCAACCCUGACUGGUGGCGAAGGAUGUUCGUCAUCUGAUAUUGAGGACAUUCGAGAUGGCUUCGUGGAGAUGACCGAACUGUUGCAAGCUGCUCUACCGUACGAUCCAAACGGACAGCCGGCCAUUGAAUUAUUCGGUCAGCCCUUGCAGAUCGUAAACUACUCCUCGAUGAUUCAGUCGAAUCUCGAACGCGCAGCACAGUACGCCAACUUGAAGGGGAAUGAGAUAGUCAACCCAGACGUCCAUGUGCGAUGCGACGACCCGAAUAAGACUUGCAAAAUGGGGAACAAGAGGGACGGAAACCACGUCGCAUACAACGUGGGCAAUCUCCCAAUGAUCAACUUCUGCAAGGACUACUUCAUGCUUGACGGUCUCGAGGAGAGGGUGGACAGGAAGUCAGGCAACCAGAUGGAGAAAGAAAGGCUGCACGAAUACUACAACAGGGCAACACUGUGGGCAAGGAUGGUAAUGCACAUCGAAGGGGUUGGCAGUGCAGUGGUCGAAAAGCCUAUUCCAGCGGGCCCGAACUCAACAUCUGGCCGGGAGUGGGAUACGAUCGUCACUGAAGGACCGAUGAACACAACGGUGCUUGCUGGAGUACUGAACGACCGCCCGGAUGGCAACGGACCAGACGACAUCCAGACCCUAAAGUACGCUUACGGCGUGACGCGGUCGAAGCUACUGGCAGUUCUCUCGACCCAACUCCCGUACGACGCCGCCAACAACGCCGAGAACUACGCAUUGUACGCCCAGGCGCGCUAUGUCAUCGUAAAAAAGGGCUUCUACCCCAACGUGCCAGUCAUGGACUUCCCCAACGAGCUGUCUGUUCUCACCAACGAACAGCUUCAAGACGGGGAAAGGAACAAGUUCGCCUACUUUGACUCGUCAGAUGUCGUGGCCCGUCCGCCCAAUAUGGAACUCAAGGCGAGCCCGCUGCCUGGUGCUGCUUCGAUGAUGCAUGGACAGCAGCCUACGUUGAUGGCUCUGGCAAUACUAACUGUUGGAUGCUCCCUUGCCAUGUCAUCGUUCGGAUGA